UGGGUCUGCUGUGUUUGAUAUAGAGCGAGGGCGCUAUAUCCGACAGGGCGAGAUUCAUCAGUCUCGAGGGUUAGUUUCCAUCUCAUCUCCCUUACAUAGAGCUCUCUAUAAAACAACAAACUAAUUCCCUUCUUAAAUUUCCUUGUCUUCCGUCGUAUUUUAGAUUUCAUUUGCAUCCUUUUUACGCUCUUGUUCUAUCUACCUCUAAGCUAAGUAACAGUAACUUGUUCUCACGAUGGCCUCAGAAACCCAGCACCCGCAUCUCCCCCUUCCUGACUACUUCACCAAGUUCGCCAGCAUCUACGUCCGUCAGACAGGUCACUCAACACUCAACAUCUUAGUCGACGUCAUCUCCGACCAUGUCCAGACAUCCGCCCACCCUAUCGGCUUGGACUCGGUUGUCCACGACACUGCCGCGGGGCCGGGGAUCGGCGCCGCGGCACUCGUCGCCCACCUUCCCAAGGACCAACUACCAAAAGAGCUACUAGUCUCGGACAACGCCGCCAUGAUGUUAAAUGCCGCACGUGAAUCCCUGGCCUCCUCUCCACUUCCUCAUGUGGAUUGCAAGGAGUUGGACUCGCAGGACUUGUCGUCCAUUCCUGAUAAUCAUUUCACCCACUCAAUUAACAACUUCAGCAUCUUCACUUUCAUCCGCCCUGUUGACGUCAUCCGUGAGACGUACCGCACGCUCCGCCCAGGUGGCCUCGCGAUUGUGACGUGCUGGCGUCGCUUCGCUCCUAUGUACAUAGUACACGCGGCGCAGAAGAAGAUUCGUCCGGAUCUACCGCUUAUGCCGACGCCAAGUCCGCAAUUCUACGAAGACGGAGAAUUGCAGAAGGUGGUUGAGGAGGGUGGUUUUGCUAAGGAUAAGAUCACGAGGGUUGAUAAGACGUUGGUCGUUACUGAUGAUGAAAAUGUAACUGGUCUUACGGCGCUUAUGUCCGGGCCUAUGAUGAAGAAGGCGCGGGAGGGGUACACGGAGGAGGAGGAGGCUCGGUGGACGGAGUCGGUGAGUCAGGCUGUAAAGGAAGAGAUUGAGCAGUUUGGGGGUAUCAAGUUUGAGGCGUACGUCCUCUUGGCUACUAAGUAGGGCAAAUUUGAGCGCACCUACACAGAUAGGAAUGGGGUCUCCUACGCAGAAGCCAUAGCCCAUAAGAGUGAAUAUCCCGAUAAUACCUAGG